UAGAAAGCAAUAGUCACAUCCGUUCACGUUAUCUAUGGUCUAGGAUUCUCAGAUCGAAAGACUACGGUUGUUGAUCCAUGUGCUACUUGCACCUCUUAGCUCCGAUACCCUUUCAUGGGAAGCUUUGAUCUAGGGAUUUGAUUUUAGGGAUUCCUUUAUCCUAUAUUGGUAAUUGUGUCAUUUUUCCCUUUCAAUCGUAUGCAUCAUGUGCAACAGUAUUUCACGCGUAUUUCUGUAUAUAGAGUUUGGCUAGUUUUGUUAUCUGUUGUACUUGUUUCAUCCUCGCUUGGUUAGUCCUAAACUCCAUUACACAUAGGGUGAUAGUCUUGUCUUGCUUGCAGAGACCGUCAUGAUAUCCUGUUUUCGGCGUGGAUCAAAAAAUAAGGGGCAAUGUGUGAGAACCAGCUUCUUCACGUCAUUCUUAAAUAGAUCCGCAGAAUAUUUUGGUGUGUCCAUAUUAUGUUCAGGGAAAAAGGCAGAAGGAGAGACAGCGUGUGUUUUGCAAGCAGCUAAAGCGUUCCAUAGUCUUCGUGGGAAUAAAUCGCAUCACAGAAGGGUAUCUGAGGUGGAUUUCACCAAAACCUACAAGCUCGGAAAAACUCUUGGAGUUGGAGGUUUUUCAGUCGUAAAAACAGGAACCAACAUAUUAACCGGCGAACCUGUCGCAAUAAAGAUCAUUGAUAGGUCAAAAUAUGGACCAAAAGAUGGAAGUCUUGAACGAGAAAUUCAAGUUCUGGAGAAGGUUCAACAUCCAAAUUGUAUCUGUUUCAAAGAGUGUUUCUUCACAAGCAAAUCAGUUUAUCUCAUUACUGAGCUAGUUACCGGAGGAGAGCUUUUGGAACGUGUUUUGGCGAAGGGUAGAUACACCGAAUUGGAAGCUGCCACAACAAUCAAUCAAGUUCUGAAUGGUGUAGCUUAUUUGCAUUCAAUUGGCAUAGUUCAUCGUGACUUAAAGCUAGAAAACAUUCUUCUCAAAUCCAAGGAUGAUGAUUCAGUCGUUAAAAUCGCAGACUUUGGUCUCUCAAAAAUUUUUGUUGGAGCUGCAAUUCUCAGCACUAUAUGUGGAUCUCCACAAUAUGUCGCUCCUGAAGUGCUUGAAGUUGGCCAAAAGCGGUCUUCAUACACCCCAUCUGCUGAUCUAUGGAGUGUUGGUGUUAUACUUUACAUUCUUCUCUCCGGGUAUUCUCCCUUUGAUGAUGUUAGUGAGAGUGCUCUUUUCAAGAAAAUAAAGAAAGGACAAUAUUCUUUCAAAGCGUCAGUAUGGGAGACCAUAUCUAACGAUGCCAAAGACUUGGUAAGAGGACUAUUAUGUGUGAUUCCAGAUCAAAGACUAACAGCUAGUCAAGCUCUUGCACAUCCAUGGAUCAAGAAAUAUCUUGAUCACAAUGUUCAAAAUAUAGUUCACGACAACAACGAUGCGGAAAAGGUCUUAGUUUCAAAUCAACAUACUAUCAAGUCAAUCCAAAACCAUCAUGUUUUAGAUGAAAGUUCGUCUGAUUCCGACGACAACGACAUUUGCUCUUCAUCAGUUCCUAAUAAACUACAUUCAUUUUCUCCGAGUAAUUCGACGUCCAACUUACAAAACACCGCUAUUUACCGCACCUCGUCGGAUAGCUUUCACUCGCCCACUCCAGAACAUUCUAUUUCCAGUUCCAGAUCUCCCUUGCAACAUAAAAUUGUACUUGAUAGAAGUUCUGGCAAAGCACAUGGAACCAGAUUUACAGACAUGAACUUCUAAAAUAAGGUUUGUCUCAUUUUAUCAGUCAUUUUUUCUAUCCGACAUUCCAAAUUCUAAUAUAAUAUCUUAUUAAAAUGGUGAUAAUUUUCAAUUUAAAAUAUGUUACAUAAAAAAACGCAAAAGUAAUGUCAGAUUUUGAAUUUGAUCUUCAAAAUAUUAUAAUUUUUGUAAAUAAAUUGAUGAUUUGCAAAGAAUUACACUGACUUUAGUUUCAGCUUCUAAAUUUAUUCUUCUAUUUUCAUGAUCCAUGAUUUCUUAAUUUGAAAAUGUUGGGACUUUUUAAGCAUUAAAGUUUCUUUUAAAUUGAUUUAGAUUUGAAAGCAUAAGCUUUCAAAUCUAAAUCAAUUUCAAAAGAAAAAUUAUAUCAAGUAAAAGAAAAAUAUAAAGUAUACUCAUGUGAUAGAUUGAUUUAAAAAAUUACAUCAAAUUCCAUGUUACGAUCCAACACACAUGUUUGUGUUUGAAUUCUUAUUUUACGUUUAAUGAAAAAUGCCAUUUAAAUUCAAUCUACAUAUCAAAGCAAAGUAAUCCAUAUAUAUGUGAUAGUAGUUUUAUAUACGUGUUGUAUAAAUGUAAAGAGAAUACUGAAUUUUAAUUACAUCAAGCCAAAUAGACAAUGAAUAUAAGAUAUAAGAUUCAAAGAAUCAAACAUGUUGUAAAGUAAAAAAAGGAUUUUCAGGAAAUUAUGUGAAAUUUUUUAUCACAAUAUAUCCUUCUAUAUUAAUUUUUAUAAAAAAAUGAUAUCUUUUUAUUUAUAAAUUAUUUUUAAUUAUAUUUGCCAUUGAUCAAAUAUUAUUUUUUAAGGCAUGUAUCAAUAUCAAAAACUAUAUUUGAUUUCAAAUUGGAUUAUAUAAUAUAAUCAAUAAACCAAUAUAUAAUGAAGGUUCAAAAAUGUAAUUAAAUCUCGUAAAUUUUUUAGAACGCAAAUAAUGCAAUUAAAAAAAUAAUAUACUUAAUAUAUACUGAAAAUUAAGAAAAAAAUUUACAAAAUUUAUAAUACUUACGCACGAUUUUUUAGUAUUUGAAAUUUUAAUUUACAAAAUAUUCAAUCAUCUACUUAUAUCAUCAUAUCAAAUUUUGUAGCAUGCAUUUGCUUUGUCGAAGUUCUAUUGGAAUUAACAAAAUUUUACAUUUAUGGAUUUAAGGAUUAUUGAUUUUUCAUAUUUCUUGAUUGCAAAUUGAUAUGAAAAAAGUAAUAGUUAACUUUUCUUAUCAUUUUUAAUUUAUAAGUUUUUGAAAUGAUGCAUUUUAAAAGGCUCAAAAGAAUUAUUGUAUUAAAUAUUAUCAAUGAUCCAAUGAUCUUAUAUCCUUAUAAAAUGUCAAUUUCAUUUGUUGGAAGUUCAAACAGAGAUUUGUUGAUUUAUUUACUAUACAUAAUGAAUUAAUAUAUUCAAAAAAACCUUUCCACAUUGUAUCACAU